GUCAGCGCCGCCGCAACUCGAUCGAAGCCACUGGAUAGCAAGAACCAUGGGGAAGGUAGGUCGGAAAGUGGCGGCGAGGGCGGCGGAGGGGAAAGCUAGUACGAUGGCGGAAGAGGAGGGGCUGGUGGUGCUGCGGAGCCAGGACGGCAUGGAUUUCCUGGUUCCCGCAGAGGAGGCGAGGCUGUCCAUGUUCGUACAUCGCAGGAUCGAGCUCGACCGCGACAACCACAUGGUCCCCGCCGACGGCGACGAGACCAAGUACACCCCCAUCUUGCUCCGCUCCAUCCGAGGCGACGUCCUAUCCAAGGUUUUGGAGUACUGCAGGAAGCAUGCCUCCGGCGACGACGACCCCGCCUGGGAUGCCAACUUCGCUAGUCUCCUCGACCAAGAGACUCUCUGCGACCUCAUCCUGGCUGCACACUCCCUCUGCAACCCAGGGUUGCUUGCUCUGACCUGCCAGGCUGUUGCCAAUAUGGUCAAGGGGAAGUCUGUUGAUGAGACCUAUAAGCUCUUCAACUUGGGUCAGGGCCGGGCGCUCACACGGGAGCAAAAUGCCUUGAAGGCCCGUCACGUAGUUCGCUGCCAGGAGUUUACUGCAUACGACCCCAAGCGGCGUGAUCUCAUCUGUACCCGCCUCUCCCACGACUAUUACAACAUAGCCUUCUUUGACCAUGACCAAGAGUCUAGGAUUGCCCGUGGGCCGCCACUUGGCAGUAUUGCAGGGUCUAUCUUGGAUUGGGGCGUACGAUCUUCGCUCAACAUCAUUUUGCUGAAGGUAUCGGAAUCUGAGGUGGGGUAUCCUUUCAGUGUGUUUGGGACCGUGAUUGCAAGGGAUGAGGUGGACUACAAGUGUCUCUAUCUGUUCAGGCGUGAAAAGAAAGACGCCCAAAUCAUCAAAUCGAUGGAUGAUAUGUUGAUUUUGACAGAUCCACCUCGAGGGUUGGUUUUGCUAGAUGAAGUUUUCUUUGAGAUUGAUUUAAAGAUCGAGCGCGAUGGAGGUGCAACUAUGGAUUUCAGCAAAGGUGUGAUAUCUCUUAUUAGGGCCCGCCUCCCUGUGGAUAGGCAGACCAUGACAGUCAACCUAUGCAGCUGGCUAAGCAGUGUGGAUGUGCUUUGUGAACAUGUUGAGCAACCGGUGGAAGCUACAGUUGGGAUUACUAGCUUGAAGGGGCCCUGCAAUCUGGGUGGAGUAUGUGUUUGGGCUGAUGGGAAUUAUGAGGAGCGCAUUAUACUCUACAGUAGCGAUUCAUGCCUCGCUGUUGGCGGCCCUGUGCCCUUGGCACGCCGUGUGGUGGCCGUCCCGAUGGGUAAGAAGUUGGUAAUCCGUCUUAGAGGUCUUACAGAUGAAUCUGACUAUGUCGCUGGUCUUACCAAGGAAGGUGAGGAGGGCGAGGAUGUUGUUAUCACUAUGGGGCCUUCCGAUGAAGGUAGUUGUGUUUGCAGCAUGGGAUGGGGUGAAGUGCAGGUGCAAGUCGCCUGGACUGGUAUCCUGAAGAGAGAGGAAUACAAGAUGGAUGUUGUUGGAGAUGUGAGUCUGUUGCGGUAAGGAUGGCGGGUGUGUAACAUAACCGGGAUAGUUCGUGAAGUAACCUGGCUAUUUAUUUAGCUCUAAAUUGAUGUUGAACAAAUUCUUGCUGUGUCUUUUACCUGUGCUGUUGAAGAUCUGAUGUUGGGCGCUGCUAAUUUGCAUCCAGCUGCUUGUUAUUAAAUCCACUUCUCCUGGAUGCCUUUUGCAUGCAUUUUGGAAUGUUGGAAACCCUAAUGUGAUAUGGAACAUAAUACAGUGUUAAAGGCAUGUGUUUUGGAAUGCUCUGUCGCCGAUUUGAUGAUAU